GGAGGGUCAGGGGGGGCGGGGAUCUUAGGCCACGCCAAGGAACUAUGUGUCAACAAGAUGGGACACACUAUGGUCCCUCGAGCUGAAGGAGGCGGCGGGUUCACAAUAUUUCGCCAGCUGUUUUGGCGCCACAGACUACAAACCAUCACUUACUGCUCUGUCUUCUGGAGUUUUGGGAUGUGCGUGGCGUUUUUAGGCCCUACACUCCUGGAUCUAGGUUGCCGCAUAUCUUCAGUGUUCAGUUCAAUGUCCUGGAUCUUCUUCUCCCAAGCACUCUUCACUCUCAUCGGCUCAGCGUGUGGCGGAUUCCUCAUUCAAAGGCUGGGCAACCACGUGGUACUCCUCAUCUCCACCACAAUGCUGGCUGUCACCUUGGCUAUCGUCCCCUGGUGUCGUGUGCUAUGGGGCUGGCGCGUCCUAGCUGUUAUGGGAUAUUUUAUGGGGACAAUUGAUACAGUGGCUAACAUUUCCAUGAUUCAGCUCUACGGGAGGAACGUGGCGCCCUUCCUGCAGACUCUCCACUUCUUCUAUGGCCUGGGCGCGUUUCUGUCUCCCAUAGUGGCAGAACCAUUUCUUUUGAACAAGGACUGCACCGCGCCCCCUGCCACCCCCACGGCCCCCACCCCGCCCGGAGCCUCCCCGCCACUCCCGCCCCACCCCGUGCCCCGCAACCUAUCCCUGUCGCUGCCACCAAUUAACGCAUCGGCCGAGGAUAUUAGUGAUGACUCAGAUAUACAGUACGCGUUUUGGAUACUGUCUGGACUGCAGAUCCCGGUGGUGCUGUUGCUGGUCCUCCUGGUGGUGCGGGAGGCGAUGGGGCUGGACCAGAUAGGCGGGGAGGACUCUGGGGGACAGGUGGAGGCGGGGAAGGAGGUGUAUGAGAUGCAGUCCUCGUCUUUCACGAAGGGUGAGGAGCUGCCCCCAGUCACCAGGGAACAGCAACUCACGGUGGUAGUGCUCACCGCCUUCAUGCUGUUCCUCUAUGACGGCAUGCAGUCAGGGUACGGUGGCUAUGUCUUCAGCUACGCCGUCAGGAGCAUAGCGGGAAUGGACAUGGAUGAGGCUGCCUAUCUGAACGCCUGCUUCUGGGGCACCUUCGCGUUUGGCAGGCUCAUCUCCAUCGCCCUGGCCACGAGACUUGCUCCCUCCUUCAUGCUUCUCUGUAAUAUUAGCGGGUGCUUGGUGGCAAUGGUGCUAAUGGUGUCUCUGCGCCACAAUCACGCGGUGCUAUAUAUUGGUACCUGUAUUUUUGGCACCUUCCUCUCUUCAGUGUACCCUACCGCUGUGUCCCUCGCUGAGACGUAUAUACACGUUACCUCCACCAUGACCUCGGCGCUGGUGGUCACGGCGGCAGCGGGCGAGAUGGUGGUCCCGGUCAUCAUAGGCCACGCGUUUGAGACCAUAGGGCCGGCCAGUCUGCUGAUGUCCGGCCUGGCAAUGACCCUUAUGAGCUUCGUGAUCUACUUCGUGUUGUACCUUGUGGCCCAGACCAUCACCAGGCAGACCUCUGAGCGUAGCCUGAGUCAGCGCAUCAAGUCACUGCUAACAGGGCGGAGCGAGGCGGAGGCUGACGAGGACACAGGUCUUAUGAAGCACCACGUUAAAUACUACACCAGGAUGCGCAGCCGCCCCUCGGAGUCCUCGCUUGGUGAUGCCUCCCCCAACGACGACGAUAGCAGUGGUGGUGGUGGUGGUGGUGGUGGUGGUGGUAGUGGUGGUGCGCAGAAGUGGAAAAAUGUUAGGGAUUUUAAGUUCCUCUAUAAAGUGUAGUAGUAGUAGUAGUAAUAGUAGUAGUAGUGGUGGUGGUUAUUAUUAUUAUUAUUAUAGUAGUAAUGGUGGCGGUAGUCGUAGUAGUAGUAGUAGUAGUAGUUACUUACAAUAUUAGUAUGAUUUCUUUACAUUUUUUUGAGUUACUUCGAGUGAUAUAAGUAAUUAGCACCUUAUGUAAUUGUAGUAAUUGUAGUAAUAGUUAUAAGUGGUGUGUUCAUUACCUCAGCGAUUAUUAUAGUUAUUUAUUAUUAUUAUUAUCAUUCACUUUCAUUUUUCUACCUAAUUUUGUGUGCGUGUGUGCGUGUGUUCCUGCCACGUUGACUGUCUGUCUGUCUGUCUGUAUAGCAAUAAUAAGAACAAUCAUAAUAACAUCUUUUCUCAUAAUAAUAACAAUAAUAAUAAUAAUAAUAAUAAGUGUAAUAAUUAGUGUAAUAAUAUCUACCUAAUCCACUGUUCAUAUUACACAAGCAUGUACAGUAGUAGUAGUAGUAGUAGUAGUCGUAGUAGUAGUAGUAGUAGUAGUAGUAGUAGUGGUGGUGGUGCUGGUGGUGGUGGAAGA